GAGCGACGUCAAACAGGAACAGCCUGACAAACCAAGAUGGCGACCUACGCCGAAGCAGGAAAGAGGUUUCACUUAAAAUAAAACUGAUUCUGAGACCAGUUUUUACUGUAGUACCAGCGUGAUAAGGUAUCGUUGGGAUUUUGUGAAAACAAGACGGAGCAGAUACCGAGAAUAAAUGGCUGCGAGGAAGUCUGGAAUAGAUGCAUUCAACAAUGGACCCAUCAGCUACCUUGAAGACGUUCCCUUCAAGAUAAAUGAUAAAUUUCGCUGCCCGGCCAAAGUGGGGUUACCCGUUGGUUUCUGUGUGCCAGACUGUGGCGCUUUACUCACAGAUGCACAGUAUGACUUUACUCUGGAGAGACGUAGCGUUCGCUGGGGGGUUGAGCUUGCAGAGGCCAGACCAGCAAUGGCCAGAGGUGAAGAGGCAGCCUCCAAACAGAAAGCAAAGAGCAUGGAGUCUGCGGCCCAAGCCCAGGACAUUGAUGGCGGUGGUGGGCUAAACCCUCGGUCCGUUGCAGACGAGCAGGACGUUCUGCCACCAGCAUUAAACGCUAUUCUAGCAGGGCUGAGCCACAAUGCCAUCCUAACUCCACUGCCUGCCCCUAGCCUUGGCCCCAGAAAAGCCCAGCUCAACAGUCCGCACCCACAUAACCUCAACUUAGCUGACUUUGAGCGAGAAGAGGACCCUUUUGACAAGCUAGAACUUAAAACUUUGGAUGACAAGGAAGAACUAAAAAACAUCCUACAGAGCCAGCCUCAACCUCAGCCACCGACCUCUGUACCCCCCCCAGAGGUGUCUCAGCAGAAGUCCGUGUCACGUGGGAACAGCCCAUCUCCAACCAACACCACCAGCGUCUCAACCAAACCAGGCUUUUCGCACAAACCCAACGGCUUGGUUACGUUGCUGGAUAUAGACAAAGUCUCGUAUACAAACCCAACUCCUGGUAGAGUUGGGUUUGACACAGACGAUCGGCCUUGUAAUAUUCGCUCACUGACUUUUCCCAAGCUCUCUGAUUCUGGCGACCCAGAGCCGGUUAAGUACUGUCCUGUCCCGGCAUCCAUUCAUGCACCCAGACAGAACUUGCCAGAAGGCAGCCUGCCAACCCUACCAAAAACGCAAGUUAUUGUCGCUUCUGAUUCCCCCAGCCACAACAAGAGCAGCGCAGCAAAGCUGAACAACCCUGGCUCAGGAUCCUCUGGUCUGCCGUGUGGUGGAGCUCUUCUCAGUAUGACACCCAGUGAGCGUCAGUGUGUGGAAACCCUUGUGGGCAUGGGCUACUCAUACGAGGAAGUUCUACGGGCGAUGCAGAGACAAGGGCAGAAUGUGGAGCAGGUACUGGACUAUCUGUUUGUUCAUGGUCGACUGUGUGAGCGGGGCUUUGAUGCAAGUGCAGUGGAAGAAUGUUUAGACAUGUACCAGUGCUCAGAGGAAAAGGCCUUGCAGCAUCUUGAGCUCGUGUCGAGGUUUGGCGAAAUGGGAUUUGAGCGUGAUGCCAUCAAGGAGGUGCUGCUAGUCCACAACAAUGAUCAGGAAAAGGCUCUGGAGGAUCUGAUGGCCCGUGCUGCUGCUAGCUGAUCCCAGCCUGCCAGACUGCUAACCAAACCUCUACCACCCUGCAGCCCCCUUUUCCCCUCUUAUCUCAAUGCCCUACCCUUUGGCUGUGGAAAGGACAGCUGGGAGACAUUCUCUUUGUGCUGAAAUAUACUUUGUCUCAGCACUCUUGAAAGUGUAUGUGCCUAGAUUGGAUUGGGUUAAACUAUAACAAUAAUUGAUGGGUUUCGGGGACUGCCGAUGACGAGUAGGAGGAACGGCCAAGAUGGGGAGGAGGGACUGGAAGAUGUGGGCCGUGGCGUUCUGAUGCCAUUGUAUUUUGCUUCCUCUUGGAAGUGUGUUAUCUGAAUGCAGGUGAAACUGCAGGGGGGGGG